CGGCGGGGCCAUUUUGGGGGCAGUAAGACCCAGCCGCGGGCCCGAAGGAGACGCACCCGCCCUUCCAUCCUGCCCAGGCACCAUGAGCGAGGCGGCGGAGACCAGCACCGCCACCACGGCCACCAUCUCUGCCACCACCACCUCUGCCACCACCACCACCGCGGCAGCAGCAGCAGCACCCGCCGCCCCGGACACCAACGCUAAAAGCCCCACCAUCUCCGCGGAUGCAGGAGAAGCCGCAGCCGGUGCUGCUGCUGCUUCCACCGCGCCCGAGACGGAGAAGAAAGUGCUGGCCACCAAGGUUCUUGGAACAGUCAAGUGGUUCAAUGUCAGAAAUGGAUAUGGCUUUAUCAACAGAAAUGAUACUAAAGAAGAUGUAUUUGUUCAUCAGACGGCAAUAAAGAAAAACAAUCCACGGAAAUAUCUGCGCAGCGUUGGUGAUGGAGAGACUGUAGAAUUUGAUGUGGUCGAGGGAGAGAAGGGUGCAGAAGCAGCUAAUGUCACUGGUCCAGAUGGAGUCCCUGUAGAAGGCAGCCGCUAUGCUGCAGACCGGCGCCGCUAUCGACGUGGCUAUUUCGGCCGACGCCGUGGACCUCCUCGAAGUGGUGGUGAGGGAGAGAUCAAAGAUGGGGUUGCGGAAGGAGGACAACUUAAUCAACAAGUCCAUAGGAAUCCUACUUAUCGUCCCCGCUAUCGCAGAGGUCCUCCACGUCCACGCCCUGCCCCAGUGGCUGGAGAGGCUGAAAACAAAGAGAACCAUCAUGAGGCCAAUGCUAUGAGUCAACAGCCGCUUCGCCGUGGCUAUAGGCGCCCAUACAACUACCGGCGUCGACCUCGUCCACCCAAUGCUCCAGCUCAGGAUGGGAAGGAGACAAAGGUUACUGAAAUGCCUGCUGAAAACCCUGCUCCAGUGACCGAGCAGAGUGGUGCUGAGUAAUGUCCGGCUCCCCAGGCACCUUUACCAUCCCUCAGGUGUCUUAAAUACAACUCAAAAGUAACACCAAAGAAACACACAAGCAAUAAAUUUUCAACAGUGAUGCUGAAAGCAAAGAUUUGAAACAUCGUAACUUAAAAGAAAAAAGAUAUACCAGCAGCUGAGAUCCACGGAACGCCUGCAAGUUGAUGCAUGAAGAGAGAAAAAGAGAGCGAGAUUCAGAAAGAGCAACCUCCCCAGUUUCAACAGCAACUGUGGGUGUUUGGGUUUGGUUUUUUUUUUUUGAAUUUCACUGUUUCGCUAGUAUUGAAUUUGAAUUUUUGAAUUUUUCAAUUUUUUUUUUUGGUAUCAAACUGAUAAGGGAAAAAAACCCAACCAAAGAACUGAAAUUGAAAUCAGAUGCUUUUUUUAUUGGAUGCUGGUGCUAAACCUCCCAAGUGUGAUGAGGUUUUUUUUUUCUGUGCCAGUCCUGUACACUGCAGGACGUGGGGAGGAGAAACCGCUUUCCUUGGUAAGAUCUAUUUGAAACUGUGCAGCAUGGAUGACGUUCCUCACAAAUAAAAGUGAUUUCAACUACUAAAA